AGGAGCCGGAGGAGUCUGUCUGCAAUGGCGAUGCCGCCGCAUCUGCUGAGGCUGAUCGUGAGCUGCCGGAAGAUAGCGGCGGAGGUCACUGCUCCCUGUUCCUCCACCGUCGUCGCCAUGGCGUCCUCCGACGAGCCCGAGUUCUUGGUCCAGAAUUACCUCUGGCGCAACCGUUUCCCCCGCCCGCGACUCUCCUGGGACUCCCGCGUCGCGUCCCGGGUCGGCGAGAAGCUGGCUCUCCGCCUCCGCGGCAUCGGCGUGUUCGCCGUCGAGGUCGACCUCGGCCAGGAGCCCUCCCGAUUGUCGCACUUCCGCCGCUCCGCUGUUUCCCUCUUUAGAUCCUUUGAACGCGCUGGCGUACACGUCGCCGGAUCCGAGAAACUCGAAUACCCCUAGGUAUUCUCUUUUCUGGCCGGAUCUCUAUUUCCGAAAUUGUGGGAAAAGGAUGCAAUUUGGUUUCCGUUACUUUGGCUCUUUUUGAUUCCAGUACACAAAAUUCUGUCAAGUUAUUUACGUUUAUUGUAGUUAGCGUGUUUCUAGGAUUUUGAA